GCAGCGCGCUCGCCGCCGGAUUGCCUUACCGCUCGAGCACUCCUCCCGGCUGGCGGUCGGUAACGGUCCGCGGCCCUCGUGCAGCUCAGAGCUCGCCCGCUCGGCGGCGUCGCGAUCGAUCCUGUGUUUUCGCGAUGGCCGACGACGCCGCCAGGCCGCCAGGCCGCUCUGCCGAGUGCCGACUGCCGACUGCUCGCCGCUCGCCGCUCGCCGCUCGCCGCUCGCCGCUCACCGCUUGCCGCUGCCCCCUUUCUCGUCCUUUCCGCCUUUCAACUUCACGCCAUAACGGCCCGGUUGUGCUGCUAUCGGCUCGCGUUGCAACUGCGCGUUUUCGCUCGACCAUACCGAGAGUGAGCCCAGGGCGUACGUUCUACACCGCCUUUCCGCAUUUUGCCUUAAACGUCGCAAACUUGUUCGUGCAUCAUUUCAAAUCGUUGCUCCCCUUAUGUUUCAUUCAUCUGCGGAUCAAUGACAAGGAAUGUCGAUAGUUACUGAAAAUGCUAUCAUAAAAAUGGAAGAAAGUAAUUUAGACGAAACAGGUUCACAUGAUAAUAAAUAUACAUUAGUUGCGGGUUCGCUAAGAGAUAAUAAUGAAACUGAACAAAAAGUAUUACAUCUGGAAUCCGCAGUUAAAACCGAGUGCAUCGGGUUAACAUCUAAAUCUGUCAACAUGCUGCUUAGCGAAGAGUUACUCCCAGUGCGACUGACAGAUGGAAGUCAAUAUUAUACAGCAGCUUAUCGACUCGACGAAACUAACGUAUGUGCAGAGGCAGUGGAGGCGAUCCUUUUCGAUAGUUUAGACGGCGAAUGUAUUCUCGCUGAAUAUCAACAAAAUAAUUGCUUGAGUAGCACAACUCAGCAAAAGCUGACCGAUCUUCUAUUAACUCGAAGUGCUAAAUCUUUAAUAGGUGCCAAACACAUUCAAAAUUAUUUCGUGAAACUUACGGACUCGAUAAUAAGACUGAUGCCAAAUGAAGAUCCUAAUGUUUAUUAUAUCCCACCGCAAUCUAGCGGGAAUGAAAGUAAAAACCCGAAAGGCAAAUUACCAGAUAAAUGGCGCAAUCUUACUUACCAAUUGAGGAUGCGGGGAAUUUUACCAAAGAGAAAAGGAAAAGAUAAACGAGUGAACGCCUCCGAGUGUUCGAGUUCUUCCACAGCACAAUCAGUCAGAGCCGCGGUUGAUGCUCACAUGAGGUCUUUACAAAUGUUAGAAGCAUCGUUGUCGCAACUUAUCGUUCACUGGGACGCAACGAUAGAGUAUAGAAAGCUUAUUAGAUCAUCGCUAAAUAAUCUUAACGAUAUACUAUUCGAAUGGCCUAUUUUGAGAACGGACAAAGGUCCUCAUUUGAUUGAUUAUGAGUUUAAGCAUUUGUAUGGCGAAGACGACGUGACGAACAAGUGGACAAUUUUUUUUAACGCGUUGUACGAUGUAAAGAAAUCAUCCGUUAGAGAUAGCGUGGGUAAAGAAUAUUGCAAUAUGUAUGAGCAUUUUAGUAACACCAGAUCAGAGACAAUAGCUGGAAUUCAAAUACAACUGCUUCCAUUUCUAAUCACACCCACGACCAAAUUCAAAACUGGCAGCGGGAUCACAGUAAAACCCUCAAUGCUGGAGAGUUCUGAGGGAUUCGUGAUUUAUUGUAAGACAGCAGAAGCGCUUGCAGAUAAAAUUUUGAGCAGAAGCGACAGAUACGGAAAAUGGCAUAUGCCAGUGCAUCCUUGUAUAGUAUUUCGCGGACCGCAGCCUUGCAUAAUUGAAACUGCUUACGUCAGUUUGCAAGAGCAGCUUUGGAAAGUAGAUACGCCGCUACGAGCGCUCGAUUUAGCCUUUAAAUUGUAUCAAGUUUUCAACUUGCACUAUCCACCAGAUUGCGAGCAAGUCUGGCUGGUCGUACAGAAAAUGGUUUUUGACAUAACAAAAGUUUCAGAUAAGAAAAUCAAUAACGUCACAUCGUUGAUCAACGUGUUGAAUGUCAAAUUGCAGAACAAAAGGCCACGAACAGAAUAGAAUGCGUGUUUCAGAUCGAGGUGUUUUAGUUACCAAACUUGUGAUGUCAAGUUGUAAAUAAUUAUAAUUGAAUUUUAUUAUACCAUUGCAAAUUUGAAAAAGUAAAAGCUCAUAAUCUCUAGAUUUUACUUUUUUCAACUUGCAAUCGAAAAGGUUUUUAUCCGUCGAGCAGUGUUGAUUUCUAUGUAAAUAAUAAACAUUGAUUAAUAUGCGGUGCAUACAUUUGUUUGACCCUUUCCGAUUAAUCGACCUAUUAUUGAAGUACGCUAUUGAAUAACGUAGCGUUACUGUCAGACGCGAAUGCCGUGUCUCGCGAUGCACUAUUGAGCGUAAGGCAAUCCUGCAGAAGAGUCCAAUCCGAUGAG